UCCGCUGCCCGACUUAAAACCCUGCAAAAACCUUCCAGGAAGGCAAGGCUCGGACGAAUUCAUGAUCCCGGGAGGUUUUAGAACAACUCAUUAUUUUUCAACUGAAUAUGGCCUUAAGACGCUCACAAUUGAUUCGCGUGCUGCAUCAUGUAUCUGGACUUCGAGAUUCUCCUUACUCUUUAUCUUUGAACUCCAGGAUUCGAAGCUACAGCAAUUAUGCCAGUGGUGUAUCAAAUGUUUUUUUCAAAAUUCAAGUGAUUUCUGCUCGGUCAGGUCUUCAAUAUAGUUUCAAUCUCAAGAGCUUCUCUUCUAACUUGCAUAAUGGCCAUAACAUCUGUCCCUGGACUAGUGGUAAAACUUUGACAGUCCGGUCUACCAUGGCUGCUGAGCUGAUCAUAUUUAGGAACGAGAGGAGGUUAGCAACUACACAAGCUAACGGCCCUGCACAUGCACGAAAAGCGGGAGCACUUAAAGUUUCCAUGUCUAGUCCUGGAUUUGUCUAUGAACCAUAUGCAUCUCGUGAACCAAUCUCAUUUUGGCAGAGAUGGUUCACAAGAAGUGGUUGGAGAAGAACCAAAGAUGAUAUAAUUUUGGAGCUCAAAAGUGCCUAUGCUAUAGCCAAGUUGAGAAAAUUUGGAUACUCAAAAAAGCAAUUUUACACUGAGGCCGUCACUAUGUACAAGGAGAUAAACACAUUAAUCGCUAAUGGAGACAAAAAUUCAUUAAGGAAAGCGGUUACUGAGAACAUGUUUUCUGCCCUUAAGAAUGAAAUUAAGCAAAGGGAAACUGUAUGGAGCAACGUGUAUUGGGAAUUGAUCGAACCAGUUGUUAAAAUCCGAACUUUACGUGCUCGUUUGAUUGGUGUUGAUCGAAAUGACCUCAAUAAAGUAUUCAUUCAGCUUACUCUUGAAUUUUUGGUUAAGCAUAAAUUUGAAGCAUAUGACUCAAAAGGCACUGUUGUAGCUGGCGAUAAAGACAAGGAGGUUCUUGUUCGUGAUAUCUGGGUAUUUGAGAAGUCUCUAUUUCAUCCUGGAGCAUACUGGCGCUUGUGUGGACGUAUAUCGGCAUAGCUCUGUUUGGAAGAUGCCAAAUUUGUACUUUAGACGGGAGUUCUAGCCCACUCAUGAAAUAACUCUUAUUUAUUUCAUUUAUUUGUGGCUGAAACCGAGUAAUAAAUUCGAAUAUAGCUGUAAACCCUCCCCAACUUUGUUCGUUGAGUAAAAUUAGUUACUUUGGGUUUAAAA